AUGGGUCUUGACUACGUGGACGUGAUCUUCUGCCACCACCCGGAGCCGUGCACCCCCAUUGAGGAGACUGUGCGUGCCAUGAACUUCAUCCUUGCGAAGGGGCGGGCGCUCUACUGGGGCACCAGCAACUGGUCUGCGAGCUCUGUCCUCGAGGCGUGUGAGAUCGCAGACCGCCUCGGCCUGGUCCGCCCCAUCGUGGAGCAGUCUCAGUACAACAUUUUCGCUCGCGACCGCGUCGAGUACGAGCUCACGCCGCUGUUCAAGCGCUACGGCUUCGGUGUGACGGCGUGGUCUCCGCUGGCGUUCGGUACCUUGUUAGGCAAGUACAGCGCCAAUGUCCCCGAGGGCUCUUGCUUCACCAUGGAGGCCAUCCAGAAGAGCAUGUUCGGCGGCGAGACCUUCACCAAGAACGUGGCGAAGGCCGACAAACUCAAGUCGAUUGCUGCCAAGUUGGGCUGCUCGCUGGCGCAGAUGUCUAUCGCCUGGUGCGUCACCAACGAGCACGUGGCCACGGUGCUCAUUGGGGCGAGUCGCUCGUUGCAGCUGGAAGAAAACCUGAAGGCUCUCGCGUUCGUGGACAAGAUCACACCGGAGGUGAAGGCGGAGAUCGACGCCAUUGUUGAGUAUGUGCCUUCGCAGCAGUGGGUGGACCACCUCCAGGACGUCCGCUUGAGGCACCUGUAG